UCCGAAACUACCGUUAUCGCCCGACGCGAAUGGCAACCAAAGGCAAAGGCAACGGAACUACGGCAAGGCUGGAUAUGAACGAAAUUUGAUUUGAACAGGGCUUCCCAUACCCGGCUAGAGCAGCGCCGAACGGAGCGAACCGACUGGAGUUACUAGAAAGAGGCAGGCCAUCAGCUCUCGUUCUGUAUUCUGAGCGUGGAGUCAGAAAGCUUGGAAGAUCCAACGCCCAUUUCAUCUGAAAAAUCUGGAGUUUGGUCCUGGGAUCGUGGAGGGUUCUUUUACUUUUAGGUGAUUUGCUGUAUUCAUCAUGUCGGGUUUGCUUCAACUGGUCGGCGAUGCGGUGCGCAACAGCCCGCUAGUGGGUCGCAAAAACAACACCUACUCGAUGACCCAGGCGGAGGACGACGACCCGUUCAAUCGCGGCCUGACGUUCCACGUCGAGUACCAGGGCGUCGACAAGCUGCCGUUCGCCGCCGGCGCCAAGGGCGCGGAGAUGAGCGUGCCGGCCAUCGAGCGCGUAGCGCAGCGCUGCCGGCCGCCGUUCCGCAAGUUCAGCGUGCUGGUAACGGACAAGAGCCUGCGCCUGAAGGACCAGGCCACGAAGCAGCUAGUCGAUGACGUACCACUGUACUCCAUAAGCUACUGCGGCACGCACAACAAGCUGGAGCGCACGUUCUGCUUCAUCGCCAAGGACGCGGACACGGACGAGAUGCGCAUACACGUGAUGCGCGCGGCUGAUCGCGCCAAGGCGCAGGCGAUGAUAGUCACGGUGAGCAAGGCGUUCAACAUCGCCUUCCUCGCCUGGCAGGCAAAGCAGAAGCAGGCGCGUGCUCACGACACGGCGCCGGGCGCAGACUCCCCUCGCGCCCAGCGCCGCAUCAAUGAGCUGCGCGCCAAGCAGGAGAAGCGGCUCAGCCAGCAGGACGACGUCAGCGUUGCGGCGGUGACGACCAAGAUGGCCAAGGCCACCGUGACGACAGAAGCACCGGUACCGGCGGCGGUGAGCAGUAAUAUCGACGACGACUUGGACGACAUGUUCACGCACCUGGCCGAGUCGCGGUCUAAUCCCGACCUGUUGGAGAAUGACAUCGGCGCCACGCCAACCGGUUUCGACUGGGAGCAGACCAAGGACCACGUCGACCCAAACUCCACGCCAAACUUGCUGGACUAAACGCGUGCACUGCGAAUCCAGAUUGAAUAGGCCCAUUGCGCAUUGCCAAAUAUGGGUUGCAUGAGUAAUGCACGCGAGUACGCUUUGAUCAAUGGGAAUGCACUGCUGAACACCCCACACGACCAUACCCAGGUGGCUGAGUGGGGUGUUUGCGGUACAAAUUACGCCAUUGCGCAAUGGGCUUAUUGAAUGCCCUCGCCCUAUUCGGUUACGUUUGAUAGCCAGCAUAUCAGGAAGCUUGUGUGUUCUGUGCUUGCGUGCAAGUUUGUUCUAUGCAAAGGUGAAUGAUCGAUGCCUUUGUUGGCCACGUGUGUAUCUGUGUGUGUGUGCGUGCGCGUGUGUGUGUGUAUUUCACUUUGUAAGUGAUUGAUAUAAUCUUUGUACAGCAUGCCCCCCCCCCAAGAAUCUCUCCACUAUACUGAACAGCAAGUCUUACUUGGAAAUACUCUAUAAGCUUGACACACUACUGACCCUCUCUUCUCACUUUGCCUACACGCUCACAGACGGUACUGUUGGUAUUUGUUUCACCGUGCACCAUUGGCCGUUAUAGCACAAUGCUAUCAGUAAGCUUUUUUUUUGAAUAUGUUGUACAAGCACACCUCUUUGCAUACAGUCAUGCCUCUUAUGGCGUUAUAAUGACAACGUUCUCGUAUUUAUGAUGCUGAUGAGCUGCAUGGCUUUAGUGUGUAUUUGCUGCAUAGCUUUUAUUCACACUCUCCUGGCUACUCAAAAUCUCACAAAUGUACAUGUACUAUGGAUACUUCGAAGUAUAACUAUGCCAGUCAUGCGACUUUGA